AUGCCUCCCGUCACCAUUCAUUGCGUGCGUCACGCCCAAGGCUUCCACAACAUCAGCGUUACCAACCAUGCCAUCCACGACCCCAUGCUUACACAACUCGGCGAGGAACAAUGCAAAUCCCUGGCAAAGAACUUUCCCUUCAUGGACCGUGUCGAUGCCGUCAUAGCCUCGCCCAUGAAACGCACCGUAUACACUGCUCUCUACUCGUUUGCUCCCGCCAUCAGAGACAAGCGCCUGAAAGUUUAUGCUCUUCCAGAACUUCAAGAAACCUCAGAUCUGCCUUGUGACACUGGAAGUAAGGUUUCAGACCUCGAGACCGAGUUCAGAGGUCAACCAGUCGACUUGAGCUACAUGUACACUCCGCCUGCCAAAGCCUGGAACAGCAAACUCGGCAAGUGGUCUGCAACUGCUUCAGCUGUCGAUGAUCGUGCGAGAAUUGCCAGAGAAUGGUUGUAUAGCCGUCCGGAGAAGGAGAUUGUUGUUGUCACCCAUGGCGGCUUUUUGCAUUAUCUCACCGAAGACUGGAUGGAAAAGAGCUCAAAUGGUCCCGGUACUGGAUGGGCCAACACCGAGUAUCGUUCGUAUACCUUUAGCUCAAACCCUAAGAGCGGUAGACCUGUUCUUAUCGAAACUCCACAAAGCCGUGCUCGGCGUUUGGGAAACGAAAAGCCCCUCACGAGAGCAGAGACGACAAAUUUACAGCGCGUCGAAUUGAGAACCUGA